AUGGCCCCUUCAGUAUCAAAUAUUGCUGAUACUGACAUACAAGAUAGAUCUUUGAAGGCUGGAAAGACUCCCUUGGAGAAUUUACUAAUCAGAGAUGAUGACAUCUUCCAAACCUCGUUAAAUUCUGAUGAUUACUUAGAAAGUCUAGCUCCGAUUAUCAAAGAUGCGUUGAAAUCCAAUGGUUUAUCCAAUUUGAUAAACAAUUUGAAUGACAUAGUCAAGAACAAAGACGAGGAACUUACGGAUUUGUCUUUAAGUUCAACUCAAGAUAUCAAUUCAUGUAUCGAUUCGAUAGACAAAAUUCAUAUUGACUCUUCAGAUUUGAACAGGGGAUUACAAGAAGUCAGCACCUUUUUAAACAAAUCUGUCUACGAAUUGAUAAGUAGAAAGAAGAACUUAUUGAAAAGUAAGGAAUUGAACUCCAAAAUCAAUGAAACCACGGUAGUGUUGAAUUUGUGUAUUCAAGUGCUAGAGAUCACGAAUAGGAUUCACGAAUUAAUUAAACAAAACAAAUAUUUCAGUGCGUUGAAGUUACUAGAUGAGUUAACCAAUAUUCAUUUACCAAAGGUGGAGAAUUUUAGCUUUGCUGUAAAGAUUUACGACUCGAUUCCACUUUUACGAAAAACAAUCAAAGAUGAAUCGUUCGACAACUUAUGUAAAUGGUUAUCGACCAAUAUCGAAAGAAAAUUAUAUGAUAUAGGAACUUCAGUUUUUGAAAACUUGUACGAUUUGCAAGAUAACUGGAAUAGUAUCAAAAAGAAAAACGGAUCCACUUUCUUGUCACACAAAAUAAAUUCACCUGUCGAAAUAGCAAUGAGAGAUCCUGCAUUGAAUUACAACAUAAUGUCUGACAAAAGCUUGAAUAUAGACCUUUCCACAGUAUAUUAUGCCAUAUUGGCCUAUCAAACAUUGAACGAGUCUGAAACUUUGUCUAAAAUGUACCAUAGGGAAUGGUUGAAAAAGUACAAUAGAGUGAUCUAUCCUAUCACUUCGUCAGUAAGAACACUGACUUUCACAAGUAACAAAUAUGCUGAUAGCCUGGUUGCUGAGUUCAGUGAUAUCCAUAACUUGGACGAAUACUUGAAGAAAAUUUCAGCUUUUUUCAUUGUGGACAAACAAAUAAACCUUGCCACCAAAUUCGAGUUGAGGUCCAACAAGAAUUCGGAUGAUUUGUGGGAAUCUUAUGCGUCCAAAUUGAAGCCAGUGUUGAUAAAAUUCUUGGAAACCCAUCCUUUCAAUAUUGAUGAAUUGAAUGAUUUCAAAGACCUUGUAGGUAACUUCAUUCAAACGAUGGAGAACAAUGAAUUCAGAGUCACAGAAAUUUAUGAUGUACUUGUGAUAUUGGUAAAAGAAUACUUGGCACCUGAAUUAAUUCAACAAUUUAGAUUCGAUUUUCUUGAGUCGAUUCAAUCAGAUCAUUACAUGCCAUUAGUGGUACAAGAUAAGGUAGAUUAUGACAAUGUAAUGAGGAUUUGCUGGUACAGAGAAGACGCAUCGUUCGCUCCAGCGAAUGUUAGGUCUAUGCCCAUAAGUUUCCCUUUCAGUGAAGAUUAUGUUCAUUUCUGUUUGGGAAUUCGAUCAUUGUUAGAAGAUUUGAUUCUGUUCAUAGGUCAGCAUUAUUCUUAUGAAUUGAAUGACUUAAACAACAUCAUAGUAGAGGAAAUCUUUGAAAAGGUUUUGGGAGAUGAGAAAAAUACCGGUAUCGCCUAUGACUUACAAGACUUUAUCAACAAAAAUUUGAGUAAUAAAGAAGUUAUAUCACAAAGUUAUACCAACUUAGAGUACUAUCUUUUCAGUAUUUAUGAAAUAGGUAAAUUGGUCAAUAGAAGACUAAAACUUUACAAUGGUAUUGGGACCAACAACAUAGAUUCCAAUGGAACCUUGACAUUGAAGGCAAUUAAACAUUUCACCAAAUUGAGAAAAUAUGCCGAAGAUUCAAUCUUCAACAUGGUAGAUGAUAAAGUCAGAGAAUUACUUGAUAUGGUCGAAUAUGAUGAUUGGUACCCAAGUAUAGCAAACCAUGAAGCCAAUUUCUCAGUGAAAGACUUCGCCCUUUUCCUCGAGAACUUGUUCACAUCUAUUUUUGCAAGUUUGCCCCUGAGUUUCCGGACUCUCGGUUUGUUCAGAAGUUAUGAUUUUAUAGCACAGCAUUUUUUGACAACUUUGAAAGAAGCAGAAGGUUAUAAUAAAGUCGCCAUUGAUAAUUUCGAUUUGGACGUCAGACAUUUGGAAGAUUCAAUGAAUGCAUUAUCAAAAUCAGAAAACACAGAUUUGAAUGAUGGUGGUGGAACAGUAUCGCUCCAAUCAACGUUCACUGAAUUACGACAAUGUAUUGAUUUAUUGAAAUUGGACAAUUUCGAUGAUUUCAAAAAGAAUCCAUCUUUCAGAACUAGAAAGUUUGAUAGAGUCAAGUAUGAAGAUGGACUCAAAUUAAUCUCCAAAAUGCACAUUGAUGAUGGUGAUGCCUCAAAUUUGUCAGGAGCUGAUGAGAGUUUCAACAAUACAUCAAGUCAUAGUGUGAAUGACCAGCAAUCUAUACUAUCAAGUGCUACAGCAUCCAAGUUCGCUCAAUUUGGUAACAGAUUCAAGUCCGGUUCAUAA